UGCUAUCUUUUUCCUCUCUCUCUCUCUCUCUCUCUCUCUCUCUCUCUCUCAUAAAGUCAGACGACAACUACAAGCUUUGAAGCUUCGGAACCAACUAAAUGAAGAUCCAGUGCGACGUCUGUACCAAAGACGAAGCGUCGGUGUUUUGCACGGCCGACGAAGCAGCCCUCUGCGACGGCUGCGACCACCGCGUCCACCAUGCCAACAAACUCGCCGGAAAACACCACCGCUUCUCUCUCCUCCACCCUCCUUCCCCCACCCACUUCCCCCUCUGCGACAUCUGCAAGGAGAAGAGGGCUUUCUUGUUUUGCCAACAAGACAGGGCGAUUCUAUGCAGAGACUGCGAUUUUCCGAUACACAAAGCGAACGAGCACACCCAGAAUCACAACAGGUUCCUCCUCACCGGAGUUAAGCUCUCCGCCACCGCCACCGUCUACUCUUCGGCCACCGCCUCUGAUUCGGUCCCCGAUGUCAAGUCCCAAAAGGGUGCUCAAAUCUCAAUCGAAAAACCCAUUUCGGUUAAACCGGCAAUAAUUCACAAUUCACUGUCCGUCGCCGCCACAGUAAAAACCACGGCGGUGGGAACGAAUAUCAGUAGCAUAUCGGAGUACUUGAUAGAGACGAUACCGGGGUGGCGCGUUGAAGACCUUCUUGAUUCUCCUCCUCCCUCCUCCUUCGGUUUGUCUGAGGCUGUUGGUGAUGUGUUGCCGAUCUGGGAUGUGGAUUUGGAGAGCAAUCAUCUGCGUUGUUCAUUCUCUUCGCCCGAAGCGCUUCCGACGCUGCCAAUUUUCCCGACCCAUCAAUGCCCAUCUUCGAACAUUUCAUUUGGAGGCCAAAUAAGCUUCAAAGAGUCCAAAGAAGUAGUAACAAACAGGAUUAAAUCUAGCAGAAAGUGGAGAGACGAUGGCUGUUUCAUUGUUCCUCAGAUUAGCUCUCCUUCCAAUCCUAGCUCCAAGAGAUCUAGAACCUUCUGGUAGUAAUAAUUUUAUUCACGUAAUCCUUCGCUAGGACCUUCCGGUUCCACUCUUAGUCAUCACACCGUGUAGACAUUCUCAAUCAUCGCUCUCGUGAGCUGGAGUAGUUUGAGAUCUUUCAUGCGUGCUCCCCAUCAUAAAUGCACACGCACGUUAUGAGACUUAGAUAAUCAUAAUUAUUAGACCCAAAACUCUCUCUCUCUCUCUCUCUCUCCCUCCUAGUUUUCAGUGGUUUUAAUUUGUAGCUUUCUCUUUUGCUGUUUUGUCUGGGUUUUUUCUGCUGUGGAUCUUCUGAUCUGUGUUGUGCAUCAUAAUUUCCCAUGUACUUGUAAUUUGCAAGCUGCAGACGGUGGGUCUUUUAUUUGUAAUGUCUUUUUCGAGUAGGUGAAUCCUUUAAUGAAGAAUGUUGGAUCUGGUACGAGAAAUUGUACUGA